AUGGUGGAGCCCUUGAGAGGAGUCCGUGACGGCUACCUGAUCCCGCUGAACUUGGGAACUCCGCCGCAGCCGGUCCAACUCUACAUGGACACCGGCAGCGACCUCACUUGGGCACCCUGCGGCAACCUCACCUUCUCCUGCAUUGACUGCGACGAGGCCGGCAUCACCCCCAAGACCUUCUCCCCUUCCCUCUCCUCCACUUGCUACCGCGACCCCUGCGGCAGCCGCUUCUGCUCCGACGUCCACAGCUCCGACAACUCCCUCGACCCCUGCACCAUCUCCGGCUGCUCCCUGCCCACCCUCCUCACCUCCGUCUGCCCCCGCCCCUGCCCUUCCUUCGCCUACACCUACGGCGGCGGAGGGGCGGUCACGGGCACCCUCACCCGGGACACCCUCCACGUCAGCGGUGGUGGGGUGGUGCCGAGGUUCUGCUUCGGAUGCGUGGGCUCCACGUACAGGGAGCCCAUCGGGAUAGCAGGGUUCGGGAGGGGUCCGCUCUCCCUGCCAUCCCAGCUGGGGUUUGGCAGGACAGGCUUCUCCCACUGUUUCUUGCCCUUCAAGUAUGCCAACAAUUCCACCAGCCUGUUGCUUGUCGGGGAAGCAUCCCUUUCCUACCGGGAAGGGAUGCACUUCACUCCCAUGCUCACCUCCCCCCUCUACCCUAACUACUACUACGUCGGCCUAGAGGCCCUCACCGUCGUCGGGACCACCACCACGGCCGAGACUCCCACGAGUUUGAGGGAGUUCGACUCCCAAGGGAACGGUGGGAUGUUGAUGGACUCCGGUACCACGUACACUCACCUUCCCGAGCCCUACUAUUCGGAUCUCCUGUCCACGCUCCGGUCCGCGAUCGUCUACCCCAGAGCUGCCGACGUGGAGACCAAGACGGGCUUCGACCUCUGCUACAGAGUCCCGUCGGUGGCGGUGGGGUUUCCCGUGGUGACGUUUCGUUUUCUCAACAAUGUGAGCGUGGUGCUGGGGGAGGAGAGUCUGUUCUACGCUAUGGCGGCGGCCAGCAACGGGACGGUGGUCAAGUGCAUGCUGAUGCAGAGCAUGGAGGAGGAAGGGGAGGAAGGGCCGGCGGGGGUGUUUGGGAGCUUCCAGCAGCAGAAUCUGGAGGUGGUUUAUGAUUUGGGGAACCAGAGGAUCGGCUUCCGGGGAAUGGAUUGUGCUUCCGCUGCUGCUCCUCGACCUCGCGGGCUUGGUGGCCGGAAAUGA